AUGAUGCUAAGAAUGGCGAUACUCACUGACGAUGCUGACUACGAUGCCGGCGAAACGUUUGGGAAUGUAACACAUCCACGGUUCAACUUUGGAAACGCUCAUGCAGGCAAUGGACUCCGGAAUAGGUGCGUUCCUCUAAGUCUUCCUACUAAUAUGACCAAGUUGCGAAAACAAGGAUUAAAUCCUUGCGGCUCCCAGACAGCAAACUCUGCAGGACAGACGAUUUCUAUUCUACAGUCCGACUACAUGGGUGUCCAAGUGAUCCCUCCAUCGAUGGAUAUUCCCAGAAUUGUUCCAACAUUUGCCGAUACAGGUCGCCGCAAAGAUCUGCCAACCUGUUCUAUAAUCCUUCUUCUUGGUGAGUCAUGUUAUCAUUGUUGA